AGAGAAUCGUCUUAUUACCCCUCUCUUCUCUAGCCAAAUUUCCCUCUCUCUCUCUCUUCAUUUGUUUUCUUACUCGUUCUCCGAGUACUCGAAGAUUUUCUCUGUGAUAUUCUUCUGAUCGGUGCCUUCCGAUCUCUGUUUUGAUGCGUUUUCUCAUUUGGGUCUGAUAUAUUUAUUGGGAAGAGAGAAGAAAAUGGAGAAUAUCGGUGUCGGAACGUCGUCGUUCGCUGAUUUUGCGCAGAAGAGCUUGUACCCGUCGCAGAGCGUGUGGGAUUUCGGCGAUUUAGCGGAGAGGAAUUCUCUAGGGUUCAUGGAGUUGUUGGGUCUGCAUCAGGAUUUCAACCCUUCUUCUCUGUUCGAUACGACGUCGCUUCAGGCCGCGGCCGAAGUGUAUUCUUCUGCGCCCGUACUGCCGUCACGAGCGGCGGAGCAAGCGGCCUCGAAGGUAGAGUCAUCAUGUUCGGAUGCGGUUGUGAAUCCGCCGGCGACUCCUAACUCGGCGUCGAUCUCGUCGGCGUCGAGCGAGGCUGUUAAUGAGGAACAAGUGAAGGGGGAGGACGACGAAGAAGAUGGAGAAGAGCAGAUGCAGAAGGGUUCUACCAAGAAGCAGUUGAAACCCAAGAAGCCCAAUCAGAAGAAACAGAGAGAGCCGAGAGUGGCGUUCAUGACAAAGAGCGAGGUCGAUCAUCUCGAAGAUGGUUACAGAUGGAGAAAAUACGGCCAAAAAGCUGUCAAGAACAGUCCUUUCCCUCGGAGUUACUAUCGUUGCACCACAGCGUCUUGUAACGUGAAGAAGAGAGUGGAGAGAUCAUUCACGGACCCGAGCAUCGUGGUGACGACGUACGAAGGUCAACACACGCACCCUAGUCCCCUCAUGGCUCGUCCUGCUUUCUGCGGCGGUGCAGCCGGAGGCUUCUUCGGCUCGGCCGCUUCCGCCAUGGCGGGUGGGAGCUUCGGCCUUCCUCUAGAAAGCACCACGCUUUCACCUCAAUUUCAACAGCUGGUUCAUUACCAACAACAACAACUGUCUACUUUUGGCGUUGAAUACCUCAGUGGCUAUCAUAAUGUGAGGAAGAAUCAGGUUUGUUAUAACCCUAAUGGCGCUGCAGGUUUAAUGAUGAAGGACCAUGGCCUUCUUCAAGAUGUUGUCCCGUCCCAUAUGUUGAAGGAUGAGUAGUAUAGUAUAUAUAUAUAUAUAUAUGUAUGUAUAUGUAACAUCGUGAUUUUGAAGUGGCUAUUAGGUCAUUUGCAAUUGCCACAGGAACCGAUCUUUCCUUUUCAGGAAGGUUGUCUCCUUUUUAUGUAGAUGUAAAAGUAGAUGUUGUAAUGGUAGGUAAUGUCAAGCUGACAGGUCCCCAGGAUUUCCACGCAUCUUGCAGAACUAAGAAACUGCUUUAAUUCUAGUUUGUACUCGAGACAGAUCUUGAUCUUGUAUUA